GCGCAUAUAUCACUUGUAUUUUAUGUUUUUGAAAUUGAACGUUGAUCUCUUUAUUCAGUUGAAUGAAUGCCAUCCUCCAAUUCUUGGAAAAAGAAAACUCUACAACUUAACUUGUAUUUUGUUUUUAAGUUUAAAUAUGGUAUUUUCAUGUGGCCAUUGAAUUUUGAAGUUGAUUGUUAGUCUCCUCCCAUCCAGAAGGGCUACAGGCCCAUACACUUCCAUUCUUGCACGAUAUGCCACUUCCCUCUGCAACCGCCUCAUCUAUAACACUUCUAUUUGACUUCAAAAUUAUGAACACCAAGAAAAUAGCAAACUUUUGGUCACAACUGCCAUCGGGUUCUUUUGAUUUUGAAUUGUUUCCAAUGGACAUGCAAUCGGUGAAAAAGGGUGUUCUUGAUUAUACAAAGAAAAAGAAAAGAUUGAUUUCUAUAUUAGCAGCUCUUGGUUUCUCUAGUUAUGCUGCCUACAGAGUUUAUCACUUACCCUCAAUUACUCGGAAAAGAAAAAGAAUUUCAAAUCUUUUAGGGGCUUUAAUUUCUAUAGCUGAGGCUGUCUCUGAUUCUGCCGAAACAAUUGGAGUCAUCUCCAAAGAUUUGAAAGAUUUUCUUCAAUCAGAAUCUGACCAAAUCCCUAAUAGUUUGAAGCAAAUUUCUAAAGUUGCCAAGUCAUCUGAGUUCUCAGAUUCUGUAAUUUGCCUCACACAAGCUUUAACUUUGGGGAUCUUGCGUGGUUAUCAAUCUAGUUCAAGAAUUGAUUAUGGUUCCACUGCAGCUAACAACUCAAGUUUCUUGGAUAAGGUUUUUGAUAAGCUUUCUACGCCGGCCGGGUCUGGUUUUGUUUCUGUAAUUGUUGGAAGCUUUGCUAGGAAUCUGGUCAUGGCCUUAUAUCAAGAUGGGAAUUCUAGUACUAGAGAAUUGAAUUCCAAUUCAGAUUUGAACUCUGUUGGUCUGGAAAUAAAUUCUGUUACAAAAUAUGUGGAUGUGGUUUGUGGUCAUAAGGGUAAAGAGCUUAUUGGUGAUUGCAUUCAGUUAUUUGUGAGUACUGCAGUUGCUGUUUAUCUUGACAAGACUAUGCACAUCAACACCUAUGAUGAAAUUUUCGCUGGAUUAACCAAUCCAAAACACGAAAAGAAAGUAAGAGAAGUAUUAGUUUCAGUAUGCAAUGGCGCAGUUGAAACUCUUGUUAAAACAUCUCAUCAAGUCUUGACAAGUACUGAAGCAAAAUCAAGAAUGGCCAUUGAUCAACGAGAAGUUGAAUCAGAGAAUAUGUUCUUGGAAAAUGAAGCUUCUAAGGAUGAACCGGAAGCAAGAAAUUCAUUUGAUGAAGUAGAGGAUGGUGGGUGGAUUGAUAAAGUAUCAUCUACUUUGGCAGUGCCAAGUAAUAGGAGGCUUGUCCUUGAUUUGACUGGUAGAGUUACAUUUGAGACAGUUAGAUCUUUCUUGGAAUUUUUGGUGGAGAAAAUUUAUGAAGGAAUAAAGAAGUGUGCUGAUGUUGUUUAUGAAGCUGUUGUUGGCAGUAGUCUUGGAGUUGUCAGAUAUGUUACUGCAAAAUCUUCUGUUAUUGCAACUAUUUGUCUUUCUUUGUGUUUGCACAUAAUGGAUAGCUCUUGGAUUUUGAUGCCAGCUUAAGUCAUUGGAUGUUUCUCUUUAAUAAUCAUUUUUAAUUGUUCUUUGACAUAAAAUUCUUCAAGAACUGUCAGUUGAACGAUGAUCCCAUUUAUGUAUCAGAUUUCUUUGUACAUCUAUUCUUCCUUUCUUAUACCAACUUUUGUACAGUUACUUUAGCGGAAUGAUACUUCUGCCUACAAUAAUUCUGUUCUGUUUUCAUUCUUUAGAACAAGAAUAACUAAUAAAUGGAUUUGCAGAAUAUUGGAAGCAACCUUUUCAUUCCUAAGUUUUCUAUAAUUAUUUCUGUAUUCUGAAUAAUUGUAUUGAAAUAUUGAGAACUAUGUUAGAAGCA